AUGGCGAUCUUAAACCCCAUCAAAUCCUUAGACUCGCCUCCAACCUCAAACAAUAACUCAGAGGAGAACGCACCGGCCUGGGGCAGUUUGCCUGUGGAACAGUACAUUCUGCAAGGUGAUGCACUCGUCAAAGCAUUCAUCAACGAAGAUGUCACUGGAUCAGAGUAUCAGUCAACCACACACGUUCCAACUCAACAGGAAAUCAAUACCAUCUUGAAACCUUGGCGCCCGCAGAAAAUCCGCGCCAUUGCCGCUAAACGCCUGAGUAUCUCAUGGCCUGAUUUCAAGAAUGAAGGGUUUUGCGUCUUACGAACCUGGUAUCAGGACGGUGAAGAAGCCGACGCAAAACUGGAGGAGUGGUUUGGCUAUGAUGAGCUCAAGGGCUUGUCCGAGGUCGAGAUCGAGGAAACUUUGUUAAACCGCGACCGCCAAGGAGGGGACAAGAUGAAAAUGAAACCAAAGAAUAGGUGGUGGAUGGUCCUCGACGACAAAGACAUGAUUGAUAUCUUUCCUGAACUGGCGGCCCCUUCGGUGCAUCGGCGAUUGAACGUCAUUGACGCACUCGACAACCUGCACUUAGACGGCACCCCCUACCCGAGAAAGAGCGAGCCGAGCGAAGAGGCGUACGAGGAUGCAGUCCUGGAAGUGGCGAGUGGUGGUCUUCGAUACCCGCUUGUCAUCCUAAAUCAGGAGGCUUUCGAGACGGGUCAAAUAUACCUUGCGUGGAGGGAUGCCAAGGGAAAGGUGGUCAAGGAUAUCCGUGAUGACAUCGCAGGGUUGCCAUACCUUCAGCAUGAUAUCCAUCGUGUUUGUGCGUAUGAGAUAGGGUGGUGGACUGAGGCGUGCUUCGGAAAGCAAUACGACAUCCAUGGAGAAAAGGGAAAGAUGAUGCGGAAGCUGCUGCCUUUGGUGAAGGAAGCAGCGAAGCAGACGAUGGCACACAAUGCAGCGAUGUACGGAUGGUGA